AUGGCUGCCUUAGCAGAAGAUGAUAGUGAAGCUAUUCCCCAGCAGGCAAUCAACAAUGAGCCGAGCCUUUCGGUGGCCCAACUUGAAGGAUAUCAGUAUGAGGAAAUGAGCUGUAAUAAUAACAUGGUGACAACACUAGUUGCGCAAUGUGGAUCCAUCACAGAUGCAUCAGUGGCACCCCAAUCAAGUGUUGGUGCUUUAUAUUGUAGUGGAAGAACCGGAUUUGAAUGUCAAAUACAAAGUAAUGUCAUGCCUUGUGCAGCAGAUAUCUCCCUAGCUGAGCUGCUGAAUGUUGAUCAGGAAGAGUUGCCGAAUGGUGAUCAGGGUUAUUCCCAAAGGAUCCAAAGACUUCUUAAACUUGAUCGUGUGGAGGCAGUGGCAGCGACAACAUCCAUUAAAUUAGCAGCAAACUCAGGUAAUGGAAAAACUGUUCUUGAAGGUGAUUCGAAGCUAGUUACGGAUGCUUUGAAACAGGGAACUUCGGAUUUAUCAGAGCGGAGUAAAUUUCUUGACCAAAUUAACAGUUAUAUUGAUGAGUUUGUUGAUUACUCAGUUUCAUGGAUUCAAAGAGAUGGAAAUUCGGUGGCUUCUUAUUUAGCUAAGUUUGUGAAAAAUUGCACGAGUCCUUGUAUUUGGAGAGAGGAUUGUUCUGAUUUUUUAUUAUUUCUCGUUCAAAAUAAUGUACUCCUUUCUACUUAA